GGGGCCGGGCGGUGAGCGGGGCUGGGCCGCAGGUAGGCCGCAGCCAGGCCGCGGGGCCCCGCCGCCCUCAGCCCCGGGCCCCCCGUCUGUGUCCCGCAGGCCGCCGGCUUCCUCCCGGCCGUUUUCGGCCUCGGCAGCCUUUAGAAGCGGUUCUCAGAGCUAAGGAGCCGGUAACGUCGCUAAGGGGCCGCCUGCUUUCUGCGCCCUUCUCGCUUAACUCCCUCCCCAGGGCCGUGAUCGGUGAGAGGAGGGAGCGGUCCCUCUAACGCCGACCGCCCUCACGUCGUACUUCCUAGAGUUCAGGUAAGCACGUGAAGUAUCGCUGUGGUGUCAGACCACCCUAGCCACUACGUACGCUGAGCAUCCUUUUCUGUAAUUUCUCUUGAUAAGCAGUGCCUGGAAGCUCAAGCUGAAAUUGUGCUCCUGUCCUAGCUGUUUAUUUGCUUUUUUUUUUUUUUUUUUUUUCAGCCACACUGAGAAACCCCAGGGGCCUGAGCACUACGUAUGAAUUCCCAGUGGAGCGUGGAAAAAGGAUGUGCAGCUCCCUUUGUGCCUCAGCUGAGGGGCUGAGGCAAUUAGCGAGGAUCUUUGGGCUUGUGCGUCUCGGUGGCUCAGGCUCAUGCGUAGCUGUCGCACGAGCGUGAUCUGAAUCACCUCGUGAAGGAUCCUAAAUUAAACUUGGAUCUGAGUGAGCUGUGGGAAUGACCAAGAGGUAAAUUCUCUCCAGGGAACCCAGCUGUCUCACUCCAACGUCCAAGCUGAGCGUGAAGGGAGCACGACUCAGCUGGGCUGCACGUCUUGCCUGUAGUCAGUGCGAAAGAGUUUGACAGGACCAUGGAGCCCUUCUCACAUCUAGAACCAAAGGCAACUGCAGAAACGAGUUCGUCUGUGCCAGAGAAAAAAUUCCGUGUCCUGGUGGGUGUGACUGGAAGUGUGGCUGCCCUGAAGCUGCCUCUCCUCAUCUCUGAAUUGCUAAAAAUCCCUGGGCUGGAAGUGAAGGUGGUCACUACUGAGAGAGCAAAACACUUCUACAACCCCCGGGAGAUUCCUGUCCCCCUCUAUAGCGAUGAAGACGAAUGGCAGCUGUGGAAGGGCCGCUCGGACCCAGUCCUGCACAUCGAGCUCAGGCGGUGGGCCGACCUCAUGCUGGUGGCCCCUCUUGAUGCAAACACCCUGGCAAAGCUCGCCAGCGGGAUCUGUGACAACCUGCUGACUUGUGUCAUCCGUGCCUGGGACCUGCGCAAACCUCUGCUCUUCUGCCCAGCUAUGAACACAGCCAUGUGGGAGCAUCCCAUCACAGCUCAGCAGGUGGAGCAGCUGAAGGGCUUUGGCUACACGGAGAUCCCCUGUGUGGUGAAGAAACUCGUGUGUGGAGACGAAGGUCGAGGUGCCAUGGCAGAGGUGUGGACCAUCACAGAGAGCGUGCGGAGGAUCGUUGGAGAGCGGGACCUGCCGGCGCAGAGCUGACUGCUUGCCAUGUGAAUUGCCUUCCUGGGGACCCGAAGAUAAACCGAACAGGAAACCCAGUCGAGAUGGCGCGCGGCCCUACAGCAGGCUCCGCAACCGAAGGGGUGCAGCAGUUGGCUCCCAGCUGGUGCCAAACUGACAUGUGGUACCUCGCUGCAGACUUUCAGAAACCAACGCCGAGCCCACGCUGCUUUAGUGUGGGAAAACUCUGUGGUAUCUCGCAGCGAGGGAGUAACGUUCCCCCAGGCCCCGCGGCCCCGUGUUUCGCGUGUGAUCCUUUCUGAGGAGGCUCAGAAGGAGCUGCCCGUGUGUCACGGGUCCAGCGGUGCCCCUGGGGCAGCUGGAGAGGAGGAGAGCGAUGUGCCAGUCCUGGUGGUGGGAGGAAGCUGGGUGUGGGAACGUGCCCGCUCUCCAGAGCGUGGUCUGUGGCUGUGCUGCCUUCACCUUUCCAGCAGGAGUCACUGUCCAAAAAGCAUUCCCCCUCUGGGAGCUUAAUAACAGGGAGCUUUUAAUUCUGCCCCUGAGGAAUUGCCUCUUGUAGCUGCUUUGGGGGUGUCUGUGCCUAACGUGGUUGCCUAUGUGUGCUGUUUUUAUCAGAGAUGGAAAAAAAAUGAUUAAGAGAAGCUAUCUAGUCCUCAAAUUAGCCUUUGCCCUUUUGUAUCUGCUGACCAGCUCGGGAUGGAGAAAUCAGACGGUGAGCCAGCCUGGCACCUGCCCACCUGGGUGCUCCCUGCAGGAAGUGGCCCCUGCGGGAGGUCGGGGGGGUGUUUCCCAAGGGAGUAGAGUCACGCCUUACCUCUGACAGUGCUCCCCAGCUUGAACAUUUAACGGGCUGGCAUGGAGAAAUUGGGAAAUCCUGUGACCCCGUGGACCCGAGCAGCCAGGGCUCCCCCAGUGCAGCCUUUCCUCGGAAACGUGGUCCUGCCCCUGGGGGGAACGGGGCCGGUGCACACGUCGCCGCAGCUCGGUACUGCUGAGCCAGAGUUUAUUUUCAACUAGGCCCAGCCAAAUUUAAGGCCUUCGGUACAGAAUGUGCAUCCUGCCUGUGGGGGCAACCUUCAAACUGCUGCGCACGAGGGAAGAGGUUAUCGGGGUCUGUUUGCGCUCCUUAUCUAUUCCGCACAAAUAAAAACCGCUGGACUUU